CAACAUACUGUACCAAGAGCUCUGUGCUGCAUGAAUGAAGCCAGGCAGCGCAGCUCCUCAAUGGAAGUUCCUCAUCGUAGAGACCCAAUUAGUCAAGCCGGUGGUGACCACCAGGACUACUCCGUCUCAGAAUCUCCUCAGAGGAAACCAAAACCUCAGCUCUGCGACUCAGCAAGAAAGGCUUUUAUUUUGCGGAGCAAGAGUGCAGAUGGAGGACCAGAACAACAAAAGCACACACAUUCUCCUCUACAUCAAAAGCUUAUCAAGGGUCAAAGGCCCAAAGGACAGCCCAGCCCUAACCCUACAGGGAGCAGUGCCUCUAGCAAAAGGACAAAUUUAAAUAAAACCCAUGGUUCAACCAAGAGCACAUUAUCUAAAACUGAGAAAGAUGAGGAUAAUUCAGCAUCAUCAAGUUCCAAGUCUCUUGAGAAGAUGCAAAAGUGCUCACCUCUUGUUUCUCCCGUGAAACAUUCAAAGAUAUUUAAGUCUACAGGGGUCAGUGAUGGCUUAAAGAGUCCCACAAAAUCACAAAUAGCCAGACUUCAGUCAAGCAAUGACUCUUCGGAAGACGGUAUCUAUGACAACUUACCAUGCUCUCCACGAAAACAGCGACGCCAGGACCAUGACUGUGAUUCAGAACUCAGAUCCCUAUCCCCUCCGCGACCGCCAGGUCGAACUACUUCUCUUCUCCUCAGACCUAGUAGUGACAGCUUUCCCAAAGAUCAGACAUCUCCAGGGCAGGCUCAAAGUUCAAUGACUGGCCCAACCAAGAUGCAUACACAUCAGGUUUCUUCAGUCGUACAACCUCAACAAUCCAGUGCAAUACUAGAUGGUCAACAUGCAGCCCCACAAAUGGGCGCUGAAGGUAAAAUGUACCACACCCAUUCAUCUAUGAUACCUCCUGGUGUAGUUCAAGAAUCACAACCAGCUUCAGAAUCCGCACGGGUAUCUACAGACAGAGCUACCAUGAGCUAUAUUGAAAAUGGUGUUCCCUCUGUAUUGCCAAAUCAGAGCAUCUUGCAAAGAUCCCAACAGAGUGUCAGUGAGCCAAAACUCUCAGAAGUCUUACCACCAUCAUAUUCUAAUGCAUACUACCAGCCCCAGACUUCCUCUUCAAGAGCCGUAAAAAGGACUCUUCCUGUAAAUGCCAAAUCUCAUGAGGCAAUCGCUGGACAAGAAGCAAACACCUUCCUCAUUUUUGGAAGGCAAAACAAGGACGAUAUGAACCCUUCUGGAAGAAGCAUCCAGACCUUUCAGACUUUCACGUGUGACGCCCAGACAAUACAUGAAUCCAGCACUCAUGAUAACACCCGCAGAAAGAUUGAGACCCGUUGCAACUCGCUAGAUUCUGAGCCUUCUGGCCAACCUGUUGUGUCAGACAACGGUGUAAUGCUAGACUGGGGAUUUGACGAGGAAGGCUGGCUGUUUAAACGGUCUGUGUCUGUUUCUACUAGACCUCCUCUUAAACCAGUACUGGGCAUGAAUGGGGCCAAAGCUCGUAGUCAGAGCUUUGGUGCACGCUAUAUGGACAGACCAAGCUUCAACAGAUCUGGAAAGGUCCGCACACAGAUCAAAACACACUCAGGGAGCUCCUUGAACUCUCUUGGUGAUGUCCUCCCAGGAAGUAUGAGCUGCUCCAGUAGCUACCACUGUCCAAUGAAUCGAUCCCUCUUAAACAACUUUUUGAUUGAAGAGGGACUAGCAGUUCCUUUACAUCUGGGGUCCUCCAGUGAAAGACUCCAAAGUCUCAAACUCCAGCGUGAGCAGGCUAGGCGACUUCAGAUAGAGCAACAGUUUUCGAGCGCCUUUGGGGAGCCAGUUUCUGAAGAGCCUGAGAGACAAAGUACCAUAACUACCAUUGAAGAGAAAGUGAUGCUCGGCAUAGAGGAGAACUUGCACAAGUCUCAGGAACAAGAGCGAACCAGUGAGGUGAAGCAAAAAUCUGGAUCAAGCUUAGCAAGUUGGUUCGGCUUUCGUAAGAGUAAGCUUCCUGCUCCCAGCAAAAAGGCUGAGCCCCCAAAAGGAAAAGAUGACAAGAGGGAGCAAAAGAUCACAUCGCUUCUGGGCGGAAAGCAGACAAAGUCUGACAAGAAGAGAGACAGAAGAAAAAGUGAUGGAAAAGACAGCUCUGUGGGGAGAAGAGAGUCUCAUGAUGCAGUGCGGGCAUGCAUCUCAAUGCCCUGCCCGGGUAUGUCCCUGAGUGAGAUACAAGGACAUGCUGACAUCAUCGGGGACCCGAAGAUGCAGAUGAUGAACAGAAGAUCUGACAGUGAAAAUGGAUCCACGGUGAAGAGCCCGAACCAGGAUGCAGUAAUAGGCUCCGGCUGCAAGAUGCGAACGUUGGACAGUGGAAUCGGGACCAUCCCCCUUCCUGAAUCCUGUUCCUUCUUCUCCUCCAUCCUGCACCUCCUCCCCAAAUCCUCAUCAACCCCAGAGCAAUCCCUCAGUCCUCCCAGUGUCCUUGGCUCCGCCAGCGAGGACGCGUCUCCUUCCCCGUUACCCCGGUGGAGAAUUCCCUCUAGCUAUAAGGACGGCAGCCAUGCAGGGGUGCUGAACUCUCUGUCCGAUUCCUCCAUGACCCAUAUCCAGUCAGUGCCUUUCCCCACUGUGGCCUUCCUCCAGCCCAUCCAAACCCCGUCUGAACCCAUUAUGACCUCUGCCAGUGUGUGUGAAACCCAGAGCAGGCUACCCAGAGCACCACAAGGUGGAUUGGAACCAAAGAAGUUGACCUAUAUUAAAUCGAAAACACGAGCCACUCCGAGCCAACAGAAAGAACAGACGAGACUUCAGCUGGCCAACUAGUUUCUGAAGCUGGAUGAGUCAACUUGAAGCGAGAAAUCAAGCGACUGGGUGGACUUAUCGCCGAGCCACACAUGGAGGACCUCCAAAUCCCACAGUUUGGAUUCUGUGUCCAGAUGAAAUGCUCAGAAGUGGGACAAAAAGCCAGCUUGGCAUUGUUAGGCUUCCACCUCUGCUCAGUGUAGCGUUAAGAUACCGAGAAGCCUUUCAGGUGUAGCAACGAACUGUCUGGCAGCCAUUUUGGAGGUCUGCAUCUUGUUUGGCAUCAGCUGUGAGCAGCUGAUUGUAUUUAUCUGCAACAGACUUUUCUCCACAGAAAAACAUUGUUUUUUUUCUUGAAAAAAGUUUAAAAUGUACAUUUAGCAUGUUUAAAAUCUUAAAAGCUACUGUAGCAUUAAAAGAGCUACCUAUAAUCUUAAAAUAUUCUAAUUGUGGGUGUGAUCAUGGACUAUAAAAACACAAUGGACAUAGCUACGAUUAGUCACCCACUGGUUGACAAAAUCCUGUAUUUGAAACUUCAAGCGCAGCAAAUUCAUUGUCACAUCUUAACAUUCUCUUAAAAACCUAUCAUACAUUUGAAAAAUAAAAAUAAUUUAAAAAUAGACAGAACCCAUAAACUCAUCAGAGAAGCACCUACUAAAGUCAUAAAUCAAAGGAGAGGAGUUAACAUGAGUCAGAACUAAAUCAAAGGAGUUCUUCCCGCUGUCUUUCAUACACCGGCAAGUCUGAGGAGCCCCCCCCCCCUUGCUGGCCACGAGAAAGAAUGCAGGUUUAACGUCCUUCCACAUUGGUUUCAUGUUUCCCAGCUGAAAGUUACAUUGAUAAAGUCGAGCUCAUGUUAGUAACCAUCAGCUGUUUUUCACAUAUUAAAGCUCACUUUUUAAGCUUAUUUAAAGUGGUCAUAAAACAAACGCUGCACAUAUAAAGACAAAUUUACACAUGGAGCCCUGCUCUCAAAAACUGACAUAGAUGUAAAACUGUCUGUGAAGCUUGAUUUAAGAAUUAAGUGCUUAAAGUUUUAAAAACAUGUUUAUGCCAUCUUCUGUUAGUACAGAACAUUAUGUCACCAGGUUGGCUGGUUGCUGCUAACAGCAACUCUGAUAAGGACAAGCGGAAGAAAAUAGAUGGAUAUACUGUCUGCUUUCACUCUCUAUUUCUUAAGCAGUAAGUGGUUCUUUUUUAUUUGACUAUCUGCAUAAACACAGGAAAAUCCACCUGUUAGCUGUAAUUUGGGGGUUCGUAAAGCACUUGUUUGAGACCAGCAGACCAGACCGCUUGGUAAAUCAGAGUUUAUGACUCCAGCUUGUUGGUCCAGUGAACCACCUGUCACCUGACUCAAACAGGCGCUCCUCCACACUGUCCUCAUUUAUAAAGUGCUUUACAAACCUGGAUAUU